CUUCAGCAUGUCCCGUGUCACGGACCCGUUACCAAAAACGCGACAAGAAAGGAUGAAAGAAAUAAAUUUGCGGAACAAAGAGAAGGAGCGUAUGAAGGAGAGGGAGAAGGAGGCCCGCGAGAGGGAGGCACGCUAUAGCAACGGCCACCUUUUCACCUCCCUCACGGUGUCUGCUACCACCCUCUGCUCCGCCUGCAACAAGAGCAUCACUGCCAAGGAGGCACUCAGCUGUCCCACCUGCAACGUCACAAUUCACAACCGAUGCCGCGACACUCUGCUCAACUGUGCCAAAAUGAAGCAAAAGCAGCAGAAGCUAGCCUUGGUGAGAAACAGCUCGGCUUUGCAGAAUGUGGCCCUUCGCAGUAAGACUCCCAUGAUGAAGGAAAGGCCAAGCUCAGCCAUCUACCCCUCAGAUAGCAUUCGUCAGUCUUUCCUGGGCUCCCGCCGUGGGCGGUCCACCCUCUCGCUCUCUAAGAGUGUCUCCACCAAUAACAUCGCUGGGAAUCUGAAUGACGACUCACCGCUGGGCCUGCGUAGGAUCCUCUCUCAGUCCACAGACUCUCUCAACUUCAGGAACAGAGCGAUGUCCAUGGAGUCUCUCAAUGAUGAAGGAGAGGUGUACUACGCGUCCGUGCUGGACGAGCUGGAGAGAGAGGGCCGGGACUUUGAGGCUGAUUCCUGGAGUUUGGUGGUAGAGCCCUCGUACCUGCAGACGCACCGUAAAGACGUCAUCAAGAGACAGGAUGUUAUAUACGAGCUGAUCCAGACUGAACUGCACCACGUGCGGACACUGCGGAUAAUGGAGGGCGUAUGGCGGAGGGGUAUGCUGGAGGAGGUCCUGCUGGAGCCGGGCGUGGCUCACGCUGUGUUUCCCUGUCUGGACAAGCUGCUCACCAUACACACACGCUUUCUCAACCAGCUGUUAAUGAGGAGGAACCACAGUCUGGCGUCCAACAGCACCACCAACUUCACCAUCCAACAACUGGGAGACAUUCUGGUGGAACAGUUCUCAGGUCAGCACGGCGAUGACAUGAGAAAGGCUUAUGCUGAGUUCUGUAGCCGACACCUGAAGGCGGUCAAACUGUAUAAGGAGCUGCUGACACGGGACAAGAGGUUCCACAACUUCAUACGGCGAGUAAGCAGAGGUUCACUACUCCGUCGCCAUGGCAUCCAAGAAUGCAUUCUACUGGUCACACAACGCAUCACCAAAUAUCCGGUCCUCAUCCAACGCAUUCUGGAUAACACAAAAGGCUGUGAGGAGGAAGCUGAGACAUUGGAUCAGGCGCUGGCUCUGAUUCGGGAACUGUUGAGUUCAAUAGACCAGCAGGUUCAGGAGCUGGAGCACACGCAGAGGCUGCAAGAGAUCCGCUCUCGGAUGGACCAGCGUGCGGAGACGGAGGUGCAGGGAGGAGACGUGUUCCGCGGAGGAGAGCUGCUCCGGAGGAGACUGGUCCACGAAGGCACCUUACUCUGGAAGAUUAAUCAGGUUUCCAGGUUCAAAGACGUUCAUGUUCUGCUCAUGACGGACAUCCUGGUUUUCCUGCAGGAAAAAGACCAGAAAUACUUUUUCGCCAGUUUGGACAAGCCAGCGGUGCUAUCUCUACAGAACCUCAUUGUCAGGGACAUAGCCAAUCAGGAGCGAGGUAUGUUCCUCAUCAGUCACUCCACCCCUCCGGAGAUGUACGAGCUCCACGCUGCCUCUAAAGACGACAGGAACAACUGGAUGAAACUCAUCCAGCAGACAGUGUCCAGCUGUCCCUCCAGAGAGGAUUUCCCUCUGAUAGAAACUGAAGACAAGGCUCAACUGCGCAGGCUUAGAGCUGAGAUUCAGCAGAAGGAUCGAGAGGUGCUGGAGUUGCUGCAGGAGCGGGUGACCCUGUUUUCUGACCUUGCCGAGGUCACAGGGGGUCAGGAGUUUACUCUUCCCCCCAACUGUAGAAACAUGUUUCGGGCGGACACCCCCCAUGCUCCUCAGGCAGAGAGGAUGCUCACAGACGCCAUUGCCGAGGUUGACAGGCUGAUUGAAUUAUUGAUGGGCUCCAACAUUGAGCUGCCUCCUGUCUGUAAUUCCAAUGGUGUUCAGAACCACACCGGGCCACCAGUGACCAACGGAGAUGCCAUUUCAGUUAAUGGAACUCAUGAUAGUCCAUCGGCCAAGGACAAGAAUGGUAAUCAGCUACAGAACAGGGUUAUAAAUGAGGAGGUGCAUCAACGACUGGUAAACCUCAGCACUCAGCUCCAUGCUCUCCAGGCUGCAGUUAUCAGACAGGACUCCAUUCUAGAGCAGCGUCUACAAGAAGACUCUGGCCCCUCUUCCACGCCCAGCCCAUCCACUCCUCUGGGUCCCUCCCAGGGCAAGCUGUGUCGCUCCAUGUCCCGGGACACUGGGCUGGAUGCGAACAGCUUGGUGCUGGCCGGGGAUAUGAGCCAGCUCCAGCGGCAGUGCAGCCUGCUGCAGGAGGAGGUGAACCGACUAAAAGCGUUUGAGACCAGGUUUGAUGAAAGCGAGAGAGCCCGCCUCCAGCUCGAGCAAAAACUCCAAGACCUGCAGGGUCCCGACGACAAAGACUCACACGACACAGAGUCAGUGCAGGUUCCACAAAGAAGAGGAAGUGGGGACCACAACGUGCUUGCUCCCUUGGCCUGUCAGGAAGCUGUGGACCAGUUAGAUGGUGUGCAGGAAGGCAGCGAGGAAGAGGAGGAAGAAGACUCAGAGGAAGAAGAGGUUCGGAUUUCCCCACGCUCUGACAGUCCACGAGAUCUUCAGGAUAUUCCAGAGGAAAGCGAGGCGCAGGACGGCGAAGCAGUCUGUGACACUUCCCAUAGUUAACAUGAGGAAACUCCCGGAGCGUUUCCAACCUGCCAACAAAUUCCAAAGAACUGCUACAAAGCCACCAUUCUUACCUAUAUUUUACUACCCCCUCAAAAAACGUUCUUUGUAACUUAGUUGGAAGAUGUAUGAUAGUUUGUGCAUGUCAUUUUAUUUUGUGUUGGACCGGACUUUUUUGUCGUAUGGACUCAUUUCCUUUUUCUUGUUUGAAACAAGAAAGGAAUACUGAAAAAGGGGACUUUUAGGUUGAAGAAGUGUUGGAUACAAAUGCCUUUCGUCAUUCCAAUGUUAAACGACAACUCACUGAAGAAGCUGCAGUCAUACUUUAUCACCGAGCACAAACCAUCUCACCCACCUAAAACUACUGUCUGGUAUUGUGGGUUACUUGACGAAGUUGAAGACUCCAACUGAAAAUGAAUCUUUACAGAGAGAAGGACUUUGAAAGCUCUAUAAGUAAAGUUUAGAGAUUAAAGCUAUGCACUGCAGAAAGACAUUGGAACGCAG